AGCAGCUGGUCAUGGUGGAACUAUCAGGAAUUAUUGAUUCAGACUUCUUAGAAAAAUGUGAAAACAAAUGCAAGAUUUUGGGAAUAGAGACAGAGAGGCCCAUUUUACAAGUGGACAGAUAUGUAUUUGCAGGAGAAUACGAAGAUACUUUGGGAACCUGUGUGGUUUUUGAAGAAAACACAGAGCACGAUGCAGAAGGCAACCAAAAAGUGCAGCUGAAAUACAAGUGCCACACAAUGAAGAAGUUGAACAUGACACGGACGCUUCUGACAGAAAAGAAGGAAGGAGAAGAGAAUGUUGGUGGAGUGGAGUGGUUACAGAUCAAGGACAGAGAUUUUUCCUACAGCAGGCCUAACAUGAUUUGCAGCUUUUUGCGUGAAAAAGAAGAUUCUGAGGAAUCGGCCCAGGCCCAAGACAAAUUGACUGAAGAGUCAGAGGGAGAGGUGAGUGGCGGAGGAAAUUCUGACGUGAAUUGUGAUCUGGAGAAGCAGCACAGCUUGGAAAUAGAUGCCUCUCUUCCUCUGCCUGACAGCCCUGCUUCAGGGGCAGAGGAUUCUCCUUCUGGAAGCGUUGCCUUAGAGGAUGCCCCUCCAUGAUACCAGCUCUGAUCUUUCAGGAUUUCUUCAUGGAGUUAACGGGCCAACAUUUAAAUGGCAACUUUACAGGCCGUGACAUGAUUUCCAGUUUAUCUGAGCAAUUAAUAGUGGAGAAAUGGACACUGUGUUCUUGUGCAUUGCUGUUAUGUUUGGAUUACAGUGGGGAGGGCUUAAGUGUUUUUUAAAAAUGCCAAUUGGAAAUGUGUGUAUCUCUACC